AUGAUGCAGCCCACAACAGCGCCCACGCACCCGCCGAAGGACGACCCCAUCUCGCCCGAGGAGCUGGCCAAGCACGACGGCACGGAUGAGAAUGUGGCCGUCUGGGUUUGCAUCAAGGGACACGUCUUUGAUGUCUCCGAGAAGCGCGAGAUGUACGCACCGGGCAAGGGCUACUCCAUCUUCGCCGGCAAGGACGCCUCGCGCGGCCUCGGCAUGAGCUCGCUCAAGCCCGAGGACGCCGUGAGCGACUACUCGACGCUGGAUGACAAGCAGAUGAAGGUGCUCGACGACUGGCUCGCUUACUACGCCAAGCGCUACAACCAGGUCGGCAAGCUCACCAGCUCGUGAUAUCCUCGCCUGCCCUGUCGCUCCAGCUCGCACCACAUGCCACGCCUCGAUAUUUGGGUGAUGUCUAAGCAACGAGGCAUUUUCAUUCUCGGCCACGAACAGGGACGCUGGCGCGAGGCGAUGUCGGAACGGGACAGUGAGCCAGGAAGUGGGAUACACGGGUAGAGGGGAAGAGAGAGGGGAACUAAGAGAGGGUCGUACGUGCGUGUGGAGUGAAAUGCGUGGGUUAG